AUGCUGUUCCUUAGCGCCGGGACUGUGGAUACAACCCUAAGGAAUACCACUAUUGCACCUCAGCAGCAGGGAACGACCGUCUACCACGUUUCUGUAAUCCUGAACGAGACGCAGGGAGAUGAAGCUGAAUCGGAGCCGAAAAUGGGCAGGGUCACGCACAACCUGGUGGACAUCUGCCAGCCAAAAGGAGAGCUAAUGAAUCUGGUGCCAAUGGAGAACAGCCCCAGGCUGGGCAGGGCACGACAGGAACUCGACAGGUGGCCCUCCUUGAGCUGCACAAGCAGAGCUGGGAGGCAAAGAGAGGAGGUAGUUCUGGAAGAGAGUGAGGAGGAGGUGAAGGGAAAAAUGAAGACAGACAGGUUUUUGAAACAACCCUUCAAGAACUCAGGAAACUCUUCACUACAUGAGCGAGACGUGGAAGGGCUAACAACUCGGAGGGACGCCCAGGAGCGACGCAUUCAGGGCCCGGUAUCAUGCUCUGUCACGGCGCACUCGGACAGGUUUGUCCAUGGGGGACACGUCGGGGUUACAGUCCACAGCUCUCUCCCGCGGGCCGUGUUACGAAGACCGCGUCGGGAUGAAGCCGCGCUCGGCAGGAGAACGAUGAGCAUGUAUGAGAACCCUGUGGAGCUGCCAUCCGAUUCUGAACCUGGACAAGACGGACGUCCGCAGAAGCUGAGGAGUGGUUGCUUGCUGGUUGGUCAAAGCCAAGUCCUGUCAGAACUCCAAGCCCGGCAAGUCUCCAAAAGAGCCGGACACUUUGAAAACAACCAGCAGAGCAGGAGGGCAGAGUUGAGGGCGGCGGAUGGCCUCAAUCCUGUCUUGUCUCAACGGCCAUCGGCCCCUGAGGAGAUCUCACUCCGCGUCCGUCAAAGGAGCUGGAAGCCCAGACCUGUCAGCAUGACAGUCCUGGAGCUAAAAAAGAAGGGGUCUGAUGAGGAGAUUGACAAUCAGAGGAGCGAUGGCCACACAGGCAGCAAUGGAGGAGGAUUUUUCAAAGGGAGUUUUCGUUGGAGGCUGUUUGGCAAAGCAUCUGAAGAUAGAAGCAAAGACAAGGAGGCAGUAAAAGAUGCUAGACCUUCCCCAAAACCCACCAAAAACGAUACUUCAAAGAGUACCUUAACUUCUUUAAGGCGGAGCCUCAGCAUGCGAAUCAGGAGGACUCCGCCUCGUGAUAAAAUAAACUUUGGAUCCGAUGGCGUGUCAAAGGAGGAUUCUCAAGUUAAAAGUACUGCUGAAGAACAAACUGUGCCCUCACGACCUUUCUCUUACCUCACUGGAAGAAUGCUCCCAGCUUCUACUGAACAGACAGAAGAUGGGAGCAUGCAGUACAUUCAGUACCACAGCAGGGGGAAGGUCAAGGUAAUGGAAGUACCCCUUUGUCCAACCAAACUGUCCUCCAAACCAGUUCAGGAAGAGCCGAGUCUUUGGCAGCUCAUAGCCAACCGUUUCAAGAGGAAAGAACAGCCAAAUAAAUUUGAAUCCCAACAGUCCCAGAGCAAAGAUGCUGGGCACUUUCCCCAGACUGGGAAUAAUAAGUCACAGCCCAUCACCAUAGAGACUGUGGCAGGCACUAACUCCCACAAAGGUCAAGACUCUUUCGUCAACAGCCAGGAAUGGACAUUGAGUCGAUCAGUUCCAGAGCUGAAAGUGGGCAUUGUGGGUAAUCUGUCCAGUGGGAAGUCAGCUUUGGUGCAUCGGUACUUGACCGGCACAUACGUGCAGGAGGAGUCUCCUGAAGGUGGCCGUUUUAAGAAAGAAAUUGUUGUGGACGGACAGAGCUACCUACUCCUGAUAAGAGAUGAAGGAGGCCCUCCAGAAUUGCAGUUCGCUGCCUGGGUGGACGCAGUGGUUUUCGUCUUUAGCCUGGAGGAUGAGAUCAGCUUUCAGACGGUCUACAAUUACUUCUUGCGCCUAAAUACCUACAGAAACACAGCCGAGGUGCCCAUGGUACUCGUUGGAACACAAGAUGCAAUCAGUGCUGCCAACCCCAGAGUGAUUGAUGACUCGCGGGCCAGAAAGUUGUCAAAUGACCUGAAGCGCUGCACGUACUAUGAGACCUGCUCUACCUAUGGCCUGAAUGUGGAGAGAGUCUUCCAGGAUGUUGCGCAGAAGGUUGUGGCCAUGAGGAAAAAGCAGCAGCUCUCUAUUGGUCCAUGCAAAUCCCUCCCUAACUCUCCCAGCCACUCAUCAGUCCCUGCUGCCUCUAUCCCCUCUGUUCAUAUUAACCAGGCGGCCAAUGGUGGGGGUGCGUUCAGCGACUACUCCUCCUCUGUUCCCUCCACCCCCAGCAUAAGUCAGCGGGAGAUGCGCAUUGAGACCAUUGCUGCCUCCAACACGCCCACGCCCAUCCGCAAGCAAUCCAAGCGCCGCUCCAACAUUUUCACAGUAGUGACUAACCAUGUCCACCAGAGAAAUGAGCCUCUCCCCGUCCGCGUCAUGGAGAUGCCGAAGCACGCCACCUACCCGUCACGGAAAGCCAGUGAACAGGCAAAGAGCGUUGACAGUAAAACAGACAGCAUAGGCAGUGGAAGGGCCAUACCAAUCAAACAGGGAAUCCUUCUGAAGCGAAGUGGCAAAUCCCUCAACAAGGAAUGGAAAAAGAAAUAUGUCACGCUGUGCGAUAAUGGCGUCCUCACUUACCACCCCAGUUUACAUGACUACAUGCAGAAUGUGCAUGGAAAAGAGAUAGACCUGCUGAGGACAACAGUCAAGGUGCCUGGGAAGCGACCUCCCAGGGCGGUGGCGACCGUGGCUCCCACCGCCAGUCCCAAAACCAACGGGCUGACCAAGGACCGCAGCACCCUGCAGCUGGGCAUAGGAAACACAGGUGCUCCUCACUCCAGCAGCAGCAUGUCUCUGCAGACGGGCGGGUCAGUGUUCGGUGGCAGUAAGGACGGCAUGCACCAGCGCUCCUUCUCCGUGUCCAGUGCUGACCAGUGGAAUGAAGCCAUCAACACCAGUACAAGCAGCACAGCCCCCAAUGGGAUGAACGAUCCUGCAAAUUCCAGUAUGGGCAGUGCAACGAGUCCCAAACUUGAGCCGCCUCCCUCGCCUCACGCUAACCGCAAGAAACACAGGCGGAAAAAGAGCACGGGCAUCACAAAGCCAGACGGCUUAUCCACAGGCAACGAAGAGCAAGAGGAUUCCUUCGAGUUCAUCAUUGUGUCGCUGACGGGUCAGACGUGGAACUUUGAAGCAUCUACUUAUGAGGAGAGGGAACUGUGGGUCCAGGCGAUAGAGAGCCAGAUCUUUGCCAGCCUUCAGUCCUGUGAGAGCAUAAAGAACAAGUCUCGGUUGGGCAGCCAAAGUGAUGCCAUGGCCAUUCAGUCCAUACGAAACGUGAGGGGCAACAGCUUCUGCGUGGACUGUGAUGCAGCCAAUCCUGACUGGGCCAGCUUGAACCUGGGUGCCCUGAUGUGCAUCGAGUGCUCGGGCAUCCACAGGAACCUGGGCACCCACCUGUCUCGCGUGCGCUCUCUGGACCUCGAUGACUGGCCGGUGGAGCUCAGCAUGGUGAUGACGGCCAUCGGCAACACCAUGGCCAACAGCGUGUGGGAGGGUGCUCUGGAGGGCUACGCCAAGCCAGGGAGUGACAGUACCAGGGAGGAGAAGGAGCGCUGGAUCCGGGCCAAGUACGAGCAGAAGCUGUUCCUGGUGGGGCUGCCCCAGUCAGACGUUCCUCUGGGUCAGCAGCUGCUGCGGGCAGUGGUGGAGGAUGACCUGAGGCUGGUGGUGUUGCUGCUGGCCCACGGUACCAAGGAGGAGGUUAAUGAGACCUACGGGGACGGAGACGGGCGCACCGCACUGCACCUCUCAUGUGCCAUGGCCAACGUGGUCAUCACGCAGCUGCUGAUCUGGUAUGGCGUUGACGUAAAAAGUCGAGAUGCUCGCGGCCAGACACCGCUGUCCUACGCACGGCGAGCGGGGAGUCAGGAGUGCGCCGACAUAUUGCUUCAACACGGUUGUCCCAACGACUCCAACAGCCUGACCUCUGUUCCCACCCCCAACAUGAGUCGCCGCAAUCCCAACAUCAACAACAACAACGCCCAGUGUGAGCUCAACCACAGCAUCAGCAUCAUGUAG